AUGUCUACUAUCCGAUUCUUUGACUCGACCCCUCAUAUCGUCCGCUAUGGCAUGCAGGACGAGCGUGAGGGCAAGUCCUGGAUGCUGUUCUGGCGCAACGCCGUGUGUUUCCGCGUCUCGGUUUCACGCGAAGACGUCAAAAAUACCCUGUUUGCAACGAGAUGGCUUGAGCUUAACAAGGAGCCAGCGCCCAGAGUCGAAGGUAUGAAGAAUUGGGUUGAGCGAUGGAACAAGCUGUGUGACUGCAUCAUCAGCCAGUGUAUGCCCGUGCUGGAAGAAUUGGCUCCCCCUACCCGGCAAUGGAAAACACUCGAGGACCAUUUGCGCACCCCGGCGUACGAGUUGCAAAUGGUGGCAUCUCCGGGGACCGGCGAUGCGGUGGCAAAAAUCACGAGCGGCCCAGUGGAGAAGCCAUCUUACGAACACCACCUCCUGCCAUUCUCCGACUUUGAGUCGAUCCCAGAGGAUCUCCCUCGGUACCGAGCGCGAGAUCUGGUUGUUCUGGGACAGGAGAAGGACUGGCGCCAUCCGCCGGCCAAGGUGCUGACACAAGAUGGCAGAGUGCGAUACUUCUUGUCCUGCAACAAACCGACGAGGAACGUCAGCAAUGGUGAGAUCUCGAAUGCCUCAUUGAACAAGAUCAAUGCGUAUGCUCUACUGCAUUUAAAGUUAAACGAUGGCGUAGGUGGACACAUUCCGCAGCUUCUGGGUGUUGUGGUCAGCGACGCAGGUGGAGGACUUGAGCACCGGGGCGCACAAGGUUAUCCAUCAGCAACAAAUCAGCCAACAGGCGAGGAGACAGGGAAAGAGUUGCUGGUCGCUGGCGUUCUCCUCACCUAUGUGUCAAAAGCCAAGACGUUGGCAGUAGUGGAGGGACUGUUUGCCGGCCAGAACGACUCCGCCGAGUUCCUAAAAUGCAAGGAGAAAUGGAGAGGGCAGAUAUCUUCUGCAGUCAAACUUCUACAUGAACAUGGUAUUGCCAUUGGACAUCGCUUGCACGCCGACAAUCCAAGGUCCUAUAUUAACCAGCACACCGUUCAUUUCGCACCGAUUGAGUCCGGAGGAGACACAAAUGAUGUGGCUGGCUUUCGAACGACAGUCACAGCCGCAGACGCUUGGUUGAUGCUGGCGGGAAACUGUGCAGUGCUUCCCCCCGCAGAUCAACAGCGAGAGCUGGACAAGCAGAAUUUCGAGGAGCAGAAGACGAUGGACUGGAAGGCUGUUGACAAGUUGUUCCAGUUAUGA